CCCCAUUUCGUUUCUAGACGCAUGCGCACACGCAGUGAGGCUGAAACGGGAUUUCUCUAAUCGAUGUCCGAGUAAUUCAACGCCGCCUCCCAUCAGCUGCUCUUGUCAUGGCAGACAAACUAAACACACAGAAAAGUGUCAAAAUAGCUGCUGGAGCUGUAGUCUGUGUUGAAAGCGAGAUCAGAGGAGAUGUUACUAUUGGCCCUAGAACAGUGGUUCAUCCGAAAGCUCGGAUCAUAGCAGAGGCAGGACCCAUCGUGAUCGGAGAAGGCAACCUGAUCGAAGAACAAGCUCUGAUCAUUAACAGUUAUCCAGAAAACAUCACACCGGAUUCUGAAGUGGAGCCAAAGACCAUGACCAUUGGUACAAACAACGUGUUUGAAGUCGGCUGUGUAUCGCAAGCCUUGAAGAUUGGCGACAACAACGUAAUUGAAUCCAAAGCUGACGUUGGCAGGAAUGUGAUCCUAACCAGUGGCUGUAUCAUCGGAGCCUUCUGUCAGGUCAACACCUGUGAGGUCAUACCUGAGAACACAGUCAUCUACGGCUCUGGAUGUAUGAGGAGAGUUCAGACGGAGAGACCACAGCCCCAGACCCUCCAGCUGGACUUCCUGAUGAAGAUUCUGCCAAACUACCACCAUUUGAAGAAAACCAUUAAAGCAAGCCACACUACCAGUUAAAACGUAACAGUGACACUUUGAGUUAAAUUGCUUUGUUUGAAGAAAACUGUACAGAAUUAUUAAACCCAUUAAGAAUAGUGUCCUUUUGAUAUACUCUAUGUUUCAAACAUUCCUCAUUGCAUUCUUGCUAGCUGGAUCUUUUCUAUGUUAAAUAUUCUUCCCCCCUCGAACUUGGGAGGUUUCCUUGAUAUACUGACCAUGUAUUGUAAUAGAUUUAAAACGGAUUUGUGUGACAAUGGACUUUAUUACAAUAAGUUCAAAAGUCUUUUAUUUUGAACCACUAUACUGUGGUUCUGCAAAGUAAAAGCACUGAAGUCUGAGAGUUCACAAGAAGAAAAUAUGAAACACGUCUUUUGCUAUAAACUAAAUAAAAUGAUCAAAGUAGUAUUGA